AUCAUAUCUGUUCAUGAGUGCAGAUAAAUAUAUUGACACUGUUUUUUAACUUACUGGGACUUACGUGGUAGACAAGCCUAAUGAAUUUUGAAUUGGAAAAAUGCACAAAAACUGCGAAAGAUGCAUGUGUAUUAAGCAAUGUGAUUCAUCAGUGACUCAUGACUAACCAUGAAGUAUUCAGCCAUAAAAGCCACUAAAAGAAUUUACGACCAAGUUAAACAUUUGAACAGGGAAAUGUUAAACUGUAUUGGCUUACAUAUACAUAGCUAAAUGCUUUUUAGAAGUAUUAUGAGUAUUCAUGACCAAUGAAUGAGCUUGUGGAAACUGAUCAAUACUGGACGUAGGAAGAAAUAUUGUGAUUCUUGAAAUGACGAGGAUACUGCGAUAGAGGAUGUACUCUCCUUCCUGCUGACCAUAAUAUUUGUAUUUAAAAAAGUGGAUAAUAAAGUAAAGAUUCUGUAUUCACAAUGGAUCUUCAGUUGGAUGGCGGGUGUAACUGGGAAUGUCCAUUAUGUACAUUUAUGAACUCAAGAAUAUUGAACGCUUGUGAAGUUUGUCAUGGAAAGAAGCCUCAGACUCCAGAGGAUGUUCCAAAACUGUUCUUAGCCAGAACACCAAGUGUCGAAGAGCAAAAAGGUAUUCAGGUGACUCAAGAUAGUAAAGGUGAAAAGGUUGUGAAUGGUGAUGUUCAUGAUGAGUCUAAUUCAGCUGAGGAUAAGACCAAAAACAUUAUGGAGCCAACAAAAGAUAAUGGUAUGAAUAAAAAGGCUAGUGAUGUUAAGAAAGUUGACGAAGUUGAAACUAAAGAGAAAGCUCCAGCUGCUACUAAAGAUAAAGCAGUUGUAGCAACUGGAAAUGCUGCAAGUAAUGGAAAGAAGCUGAGUCCUCCUUCAAAGCAAGAUGUAGCAGGUAAUUCAAAAUCUAAUCCAGUAGAUAAGAAAGGUGUGGCUAAGACGAGUCCAAAGCAGAAAUCAGUUGGACUAGCAAAAAAGGCUGAUAGUGGUAAGAAAGCAGUAAGCGAGAAAUCGACUUCAAAUAAUAAUAGAAAACCAAAUGUAAAUAGUAAUGAUAAAGAUCAGUUAAGACGUAUUAUGAGGGAUAAACCAGGAGCAAAAGCUGAACUCCCUAAGGUUGUGAAAAAUGCUACAGUCAAACACAAGGCUGAUAAUACUAAGGAAGACUUCGUUUGGGUAUGUGUUAAUAAAGACUGUAAGCAAACCAAUGAAUCAUACUUUGAUUCUUGUAAAAUUUGCCACAAAGACAAACCGAAGGAUUGUGUGUUCAUCAAACAAAGUCCAGAAAAGCGUAAAAAACCUGAAAAGGAAAACAGCGAAACAAAUGAAUCUGAAAGUGAUGAGGCAAAAGCUAAAAAAAUCGAUGAAAAAGAUUGGUCUUGUAAAAGGUGUACCUUCUUGAAUAAAGGGACUGCUGCAAAGUGUUUGGUGUGUUUGGCACCCAAAAUAUCAAAUAUUCCAACCCCGGAAUCUAUUCCAAGUGAAAUAGACUACUCCAAAUUCCCUCCAUCAACUAAUCCAACUUCACCAACCAGAAAAAUUCCAGCUAAACGCCACUCAGUUCAAGAAGAUAAAGGUCAGAAUAUAAACAAUGGUAAAUCUGGAGGUAAUGGAUUGCCUUCAAAAGUGCAAAAGACUGAUGUUAAACCUAAGGUUGGGAAAGAGAAGGACAAUGAAUUACCUGCGGUUCCUAAAAGAUCGCAAGUUGAAAAAGUUAACGAAAAAAACAAAAGAAAGGGGUAAGAUAGUUUUACCACCAAAUUCUAAGAAAGAAGUUUCAAAUGAAAAUCAGACAGGGAAAAAGCAGAUUGACUUUUGGGAAUGUCCAAAAUGUACAUAUCAUAAUAAUGUCCAUGCAAUCAAGUGUUUCUGCGGAACUGCGAAACCUGUUAUAGGGGAGUCUUGGUCGUGUAAAAGUUGUACCUAUAUGAAUGAUACAAAAAAUAAAGAAUGUGCAAUGUGUCGGAUUUCCAAGAGUGAUUCCGUUAGUGGUGGUGUUGAUAAAAAGUCACCGGAGAGUAAAGAUGGUAAAAAAUCAAUUAGUGUUGAUGUACAAAGAGAUGGGAAAGUGGUUGUUAACCCAACAAAAGAUGUGAUAGAAAUAGAUUCACCUAUAAUUGAAAAAGCUAAACCUAAUGUAUCAAAAGAGAAAGUUGACAAGAAAGGCAGCAGUCAACAGAAUUUAGAUAAAUCUACCGGUCAUCAGUGCAUGGUGUGUACAUUUUUAAACUCGACAAGUUCAGGCCGAUGUAAAGUGUGUUUAUCAAAUCUGACUCCGUUUUCUGGAGACCAGAUAGUGAGUGUGGGAACUUUGCGACCAAAACAUUCACUUCAGAGGCAGCAGUCUGUUCUCGGGAAGGAACUUCGGGAGAUAGAGGAUAAUGAAGCGCUAGAGUUGUGGGAGCAUAUCAGGCUGUACUGUAGGGAGAACCACAUAACAUUUGUGGAUGAUUCAUUCCCGCCAUCUUCAAAGUCACUAUACCGUGACCCGAGCAGCGAAUUGGCGCGUUACCAGGUCAACUGGCUACGGUGUAAGGAUAUGCAUGCACACAAGUCCGAGGACAAAGUUCCCUGGAAGGUCUAUAGGACGCCAUUGCCUGAUGACAUUUCACAGGGCCAGCUUGGAAAUUGCUGGUUCCUGAGUGCAUUAGCUGUGCUUGCUGAACAGCCAGAGUUGAUCCAGAAAAUCAUACCAACGAAGGAGGUUUGUGCCGAGGGUAUCUACCAAGUGCGCCUUUACAAAGAUGGGGAACAGCAGAUUGUCCUUGUGGAUGAUGUUUUCCCUUGCGAUGAAUAUUCAAAACUUAUAUUCUCAAAGGCAAGGAGAAAGCAGCUAUGGGUUCCAUUAAUUGAGAAGGCCAUGGCAAAACUACAUGGAUGUUACGAGGCUCUAAUUGCGGGAAAAUGUAUCGAGGGUCUAUCUGUUCUGACUGGAGAACCAUGCGAAAGUAUCGCUCUUCAAGAUAACAAGAAUACAGAUGAUCGUGUUGAUAAAGACCUUGUGUGGGCUCAGUUGCUCAGUUGCAGAGAAUCAAGGUUUCUCAUGGGUGCAUCGUGCGGUGGAGGUAAUAUGAAGGUUGAUGAUGAAACAUACAAGGAGAUGGGUCUGCGGUCGAGACACGCCUACUCCAUAUUGGACGUGCAGGAAGUACAGGGAAACAAGUUAAUGCGUCUACGAAAUCCAUGGGGCCACUUCACAUGGAAAGGGGACUGGAGUGACAAAUCUGACAAGUGGGCUCAGAUACCUGACAGGAGGAAACAGGAGCUCAUGCCCUGUGGAUCAAGUGACCCGGGCGUGUGUUGGAUGUCCCUAGAUGACCUUGUCAAGUACUUUGACAGUGUUGAUGUGUGCAAGGUUCGUCCCGACUGGCGAGAGUCGCGGGUAAAAGGUGUGUUUCCCUCCAAUGCAUCCCAACCCAUGAAUGUUACCAAGGUGACAGUAUUCUACACGACAGAUGUGGAAGUGGGCGUGUUCCAGCCAAGUGAUAGAGGUGUUGAGAACCACAAGGGUGUGCUCGAUUUAUGCAUCCUCGUUAUGAGGGAGACAAAGUCCGAUACCCAUCCGUUUGGCAAGUUGAUCAAAUGUAGCCGUCGUCAGCUAAAGAGUUUUGUUGGUUGUAAUGUCAUGUUGGAACCUGGGGAAUAUGUUCUUGUACCUCUGGCCUUUAACCAUUGGUCAAGUGAUCCAGUGGGGAAGGGUCGUGACUUUGUGAUGUCAAUUCAUAGCUCAAAGGCAAUAAUGAUCGAUGAGGUGAACACGGCAACAGAUAAAUAUCGACAGGGAUUCGCUAACGCAAUCAUACAGUUGGCACUUGUGAAGGGGAAGCGAGAGGAGUUGCGUAAUGGUGUAACCUGCUAUUCCCUGAUGCAUGGCUGGUGCGGGGGACUCUUCGUAGUGGAGAAUCGGUUGCCUAGUAACAGCGUACAGGUCAAGUGUAACUGUAGUGACAGUUCAAACCUUGUGUCAACACGUGGAGCGCUUGAAACUGUGGAUAACAUUCCACCUCUUCAUAGGCAAGUUAUAAUGGUGCUAUCUCAGCUCGAGCGAAUGUCAUCCUACCACCUUUCACGUCGGAUCAUCAACCGCAUAGACAUAGGCGCUGGGCUCGGGGAUUGGGCUCCAAUGGGCGUCCACCGAAUACCGACUCUAGAUUCCGUCACAGCUGGGCUACAUAUACCACUGCCAAUCUGAGGAUGCAUUGCUGGUGUUCAACCAUAUACUAGUCCUAGAUCACUUCAUGGCUGGGCUACAUAUACCUCUUCCAAUCUGAGAAUGCUUUGCAUUUGUUUCCUAGUAUAGUUAAAGCCUCAAAAAGUCCUGCCCUUGUAGGAAGAAUUUUGUAGGCAUGUUUAUCAGAUAAACAAACUAUCACUCAUGCAGAGGGAUGCUGUACCUGUGCUAAAUAUAGCUGAAGUCAUGUUUCAAGCUACAGGAAAGUGAACACUGCCAAAUGUAUUUGUUUAGAAUCUGCAGUUCAUGACCCUAUUAACUCCUCCCCAGGGUUUUGUCGGUCAACAGCUAUAUAUGCAAAGUACAAUUAGGUGCAUUUUUUCAUGAAUUUUCUUGGUCAUAUCAUUUGAAAUGUUGCAAAGAAUGUACAGUAUGAUGUUUUAGGCAAAAGACUUCUAGGUUACUGUAUUUCACUAUUUGAAAAAAGGGCUCUUUGAUGUGAAGCAUGAAAUACCAUGAAAACCUGCCCCAGCGCCAUUUAGUGGCUUAAAUAGUCAAGUUGGGGGUUUAACAGCUGGGCUACAUAAACCUUCACCAACCUAAGGAUAUUUUGUGUUCAUAUGUGCUGUGACUAUCAAAAUGAACAAAAAAUAUAUAAUUGAUCGAAUGUAAUUUAGUUAAAAAAACGUUUUUCUACCUCUAAAUGCCUAUUUCAAUGGAUGGAUUGAAGGAAUUUGUUAUUUCUUCGUGCAAUGUAGUAAGUAGGAUCCACCAAGUCUUGAUCAAGAUCAUUGAACCUAGGCAGUUGUAUUGUUAAUUUACACCUGUUUUAUUGUUCAUUUUAUCCAAGGCAGUUUCAUUUAUUAUUGAACCUAGGCAGUGUCAUUGCCUAUUUCCUAGGCAGUGUCAUUGCCCAUUUUAACCUAGGUGUCUUCAUGGAUCAUUGAACCUAGGCAGUGUCAUUGCCCGUUUUAACCUAGGUGGCUUCAUGGAUCAUUGAACCUUGGCAGUGUCAUUGCCCGUUUUAACCUAGGUGGCUUCAUGGAUCAUUCAACCUAGGCAGUGUCAUUGCCCGUUUUAACCUAGGUGGCUUCAUGGAUCAUUGAACCUAGGCAGUGUCAUUGCCCGUUUUAACCUAGGUGGCUUCAUGGAUCAUUGAACCGUGUCAUUGCCCGUUUUAACCUAGGUGGCUUCAUGGAUCAUUGAACCUAGGCAGUGUCAUUGCCUGUUUUAACCUAGGUGGCUUCAUGGAUCAUUGAACCUAGGCAGUGUCAUUGCCCAUUUUAACCGAGGCAGUUUUAUUGCCCGUUUAGAAUAAGGCAGCUUCAUUACUUGUUAUCCUGUACAGUACACAUAAACAUGUACCUUUGCUUUUAAAUCAGAUGAAGCUGUUGGAAUGGUAUUACUUAUUUUAUCACAAAAUCAGCCAGGACUUCUGUCCAUCUACUGAUAGAUAAUUUAAAUGAAUAAAUUUGCCAAUUUGAGGAAGCAUUAACAUUAUUGUGAUAAUGAACCAUGUUACAUGCAAAUGAAUUUCCAAUCAAUUACUGCAGAAUGCAUGAGGUUCUUUUUUAAUGAAUUUAUUUUCGUUUUUUUUUGCCAAGACAAUUCGGCAAAGUUGAGCCGUGCAUUUGUCAUUAUUUGUCAAGCUGUAUUUUUUUUAUAUUUCAACUGCAUUUUAAAAUUUUAAAUCGUCAACCGGAUAGAUUUUCAAAACACACAAGGUUAUUAUUUAAUGCAUUGUUACUGUAUAUGUAAUAGUUAAACCUUUUUAUCUUACGUUGAUUAUGAAGUUAUUAAAACAUAAUAUUAAGCAGUCUUGUUGGCAAAAUGUUACGCAAGAGAGAUUGGUCGUGUAUUGUGGCAGAAGCCGGAGCCCCGAAAAAAAAAACACUUGUAAGGCUCAGUGAUCACAAUAAAACCUAUCUUGCGCCCAGGCCAGGUCAAAAACCUGGACAUCUUGGUGAGAAGCAUAUGUGCUAGCCACUGCGAUAAACAGAAUAUAUGUUAUGUAUCAUGACACUGAAAAUUAACAUUCAUGAAGCACAUGUUUGUUCUGUUAAAUGCGCUUUAGAUUGAAAUUUGUGAAAUAUGUACUAUUAUGAUUAAACAUUGUUUAUGUAUAUUGUAGAUUAGCAUUAAAAUUUUACCAAUGCCUUUCAUGUGUAUAGAUAAGUAAAGACUUAUCUUACUGGACUAGCGACGUAUUUGCUCAAGGUCAAAUGUAGGAUUAAAUGAUUGAGUUGUACAUGUUAAUGAUGUGUCAGAAGAUGUCUUUUUCAAAUAUUGUACAAUUGAUGUUGUGUUGUUAUAUGUACUUACAUUGGGCAGAUUGUUCAGAACUUUGUUCAAAUUAUCAUCAUUGUUAACUUUAAAGAUGAACUUUUUUGUAACAUGCUAAUAUAUUUAUAUAAAACAUGUACAUCUGAAACAGAUGUCUUAAACAAUGUUAGAAAUACUUCAAGCUACAAGUAUGUCCAUUUAAGUUCCAGAGGAGUAAAGAUUUGAAAGUUAACAACGAUCACGUUAACAAAGCGGUUAACAUUAACAAAGUUCUGAACAAUCAGCAGGUCGUGUUGCACAAUCUCAUUCAUCCAACACAUACAGCUUAGCAUUAUACUGCAUUGAUACAAAAUAGAGUUUAUAAUACAAUUCAUGCUACUUCUUCAUAUACUUAGGGUUAUAUUUUCCAUUGUUAAUAAGAUAAGCAGCCUCCAGGGGUUCUAACAGCUAAUAAUUAUCGAUCCUGAAAAAAAUCCAGCUGUUGGUUUGAAUUUGAGGAAUUUGAUCAUGCUAAAAGCAGGGUUCAGGGGAUUAGACCCUUCUUGAACAGGUUUACAGUCAUUUAUAUUCAUUUAAAGGUCUUUCUUGUGUUUUUGAUGCAAAUGUCGGGAGCAAAAAACAAUCUUUACAACUGUACAAUAUUCUGUUCAAAGCUCUAAAUCCUGAUUUCAAGAUUAAUCUUAAAUUGAAGAACCCCUGGGCCUCGUUUAGUAGAAGUUAAAUUGAAUAUUUAAAUUUUUGGAAAAGUUUCUUAGAACACAACCUACAUUCUCAGCCAAUGGAAUUUAGAUAGACAUUCAUUAAGUACUACGCUUAAUCAUUAAGAAUUUCAAUUUACGCAGGUGUUCAAAGGUUUUCCGCCUACUCCCAUUUUUUCGAUACAGUCCAUGUGUCAGAUUUUGAAUUUACAAUGUGUCAGCUAAUGAGGUUGUAUUCCAAGUCAGUAAGAUGACCCAAAGUAAUAUCUCAAUGAUUAAGAAGGGAUCAUUUGCUCCCUCACUAUGCCCAUUCUUAAUCAUUAAAAUCUUACUUCAUGUCAUCUAUCUAUAACAUAGCACACAUCCUUGCAUAAUAAUAUGCUUAAUGAAUGAAAGUUUUAUAUGUAUGCAUGCACUUUGUAUUAACCAUGAUUUUCAAUUUAUUAGAAUUAACUUUGUUCUUUAAUUUUCUUUCUUUUUUAUUGCCGUUAUUAAAAUGUUCAUUGGAGAAAGUUUAUGCUUUGUAAUCAAAUCAUCUUUGUUACUGUUUGUGUCAAGUUUGAAUUAGUUACAGUUUAUGUUAGUGUUGUAUUUACUUAUAUGUAUGUGUUCUAGGAUAAUAUUCAUUUUCAAAUUUGAAGCAUCACUAAAUCUUGAAAUAUAUUAUACAUUACACAUAUAUUGGGAUUGUACAUGUUAAUUUAUGUUAAAACACGUUUUUUAUUAGUUAAUUACUUACUUAUGAAAUAUCAUCUGUGAUGGUUUUUCUUUGAUAAUAAACACAGCAAAUGUGUCCUUUUUGUCUACUCUUUUGUACAAUUCAUUGUCCUACACAAAUCAGAUGUCAUUUGAUGGGAAGACCUCAAUUUCUCCUAUUUUGGUCCAAAUAUCAAGAGGUACACCUCAAAUAAAAGUUGGGAGGAUUUUGCUUCAAAAAAGGCCGGGGUGCCUGACCCCAAAUAUCCUACCGGACAGCAAUUAAGCCUAUUUGGCAGAGGAGGUGUGGUUAAUCGGGUUUAUGAGGUCUGCUCUGGUCAGCAGUUUUGAUUGUAAACAUUAACAUGGCUUGUGGUGUUACCUUAUAUGAUUCUGAUAGAGUGGUACAGAAGAAUUUGUCCAUUGGUUUCUCAUUUGAGAUUAGAUAAAUAAAA